ACUGCAGCUCCAGUUUACAGCAACUGCAGCUCCAGCAGCUUUACAGUCCUGUCUCCAGUGAGGUGUGUGUAUCAGCAUGGCAAUGCUGCCCUACACUUUGCUGGCUGUGGUGGUUGUACUGGCCGUGUCUUCAGUUCAGUCAGACGCGGAGCCGGUCCGGAUCCAGCUGCGUCUUGCUGGAGAGAAGCGUAAACACUAUGAGGGCCGCGUGGAGGUGUACUAUAACAAUGAGUGGGGAACCAUAUGUGAUGAUGACUUUGACAUGUCCGCCGCUCACGUGGUGUGCAGGGAGCUGGGAUACUUGGGAGCUGUGUCCUGGUCUCCAUCCGCCAAAUAUGGCAAAGGAGAAGGUCGGAUCUGGUUGGAUAACGUCCACUGCACAGGCAGAGAGACAUCUUUAGCCGACUGUCAAUCGAACGGCUUCGGCUUCUCAGACUGCAAACACUCUGAGGAUGUGGGCGUGGUCUGCACUCAGAAACGCAUCCCGGGCUUUCAGUUCAUCAGCACUUCUAGCAAUGACGUGGAGACUCUGGAUGUGCGGGUGGAGGAUGUGCGUAUCCGGGCAACGUAUUCCCAGCGCAAACGUGUUCCCAUCACAGAGGGCUUUGUGGAGCUGAAGGAUGCUGGGAAAUGGAGGCAGAUUUGUGAUGAGGACUGGAACAUGAUGAACAGCCGUGUCGUAUGUGGCAUGUACGGUUUUCCUGGAGUGAAGGGUUUCAACACGAGAGCCUACAAGCUGCUGUCUCAGCGCAGGAAGAAAAAUUACUGGGGUUUCUCAGUGAACUGCACAGGGAACGAGGCACACCUGUCCUCCUGCAGGAUGGGUAAAGUGCUGAAGCUGGUGGGGAACAGUACGUGUGUCCGCGGGAUGCCUGUGGUAGUGAGCUGUAUUCCGGGCAGAGCUUUUGCCCCCACACAGUCCUCUGGCUUCAGGAAGGCCUACAGACCCGAGCAACCCCUGGUGCGUCUGCGUGGUGGGGCAAACAUAGGCGAGGGUCGUGUGGAGGUGCUGAAGAACGGAGUGUGGGGGACGGUGUGUGACGAUAACUGGGACCUGAAGGCCGCCACAGUGGUGUGCAGAGAGCUGGGCUUCGGCACGGCUAAAGAGGCUCUGACUGGUGGCCGCAUGGGGCAGGGAAUGGGUCCGGUCCACAUGAAUGAGGUGGAGUGUUCAGGCUUUGAGAAGUCGCUGACGGGGUGCUUCUUCAAUAAAGACUCUCUCGGCUGCAGCCACGAGGAGGACGCUGCUGUCCGCUGUCAUGUCCCUGCCAUGGGCUUUCACAACAGGCUACGUCUGGGUGGAGGCCGGAACCCAUCUGAGGGUCGUGUGGAGGUUCUGGCUGAGAGGAACGGCUCGCUGGUUUGGGGGACGGUGUGCAGUGAGAGCUGGGGGAUAAUGGAGGCGAUGGUGGUCUGCAGGCAGCUGGGACUGGGCUUUGCCAACAACGCAUUCCAGGAGACGUGGUACUGGCCAGGUGAUGUCAGUGCGGACAGCGUAAUAAUGAGUGGGGUUCGGUGCUCUGGUACUGAGAUGAGUCUGGCUCAGUGUCUCCAUCAUGGCAAGCACAUCAGCUGCCCGAAGGGAGGAGGACGCUUCGCCGCUGGAGUCUCUUGCACUCAAACUGCAUCUGACCUGGUGCUGAAUGCUGAGGUUGUUGAACAAACCACAUAUCUGGAAGACCGGCCAAUGUACGCCCUGCAGUGUGCGCAUGAGGAGAACUGUCUAUCCAGCACAGCCAAUCCAGCUGACCAGGGCUCAUACCGCCGCCUGCUCCGAUUCUCAUCACAGAUCCACAACAAUGGCCUGUCUGACUUCAGACCACGAGCUGGACAGCACAGCUGGAUCUGGCACGAGUGCCACAGGCACUACCACAGUAUGGAGGUCUUCACUUACUAUGACCUUCUGAGUCUGAAUGGCACCAAAGUGGCCGAGGGUCAUAAGGCCAGCUUCUGCCUGGAGGACACGCAGUGUGAUGAGGGCAUUGAGAAGAGAUAUGCCUGCGCUAACUUCGGUCAGCAGGGCAUCACUGUGGGCUGCUGGGACACUUACAGACACGACAUAGACUGUCAGUGGAUUGACAUCACAGACGUCAAACCAGGAGACUACAUUUUCCAGGUUGUAAUUAAUCCCAAUUAUGAAGUAGCCGAAUCUGAUUACACCAACAACAUCAUGAAGUGCAAAAGCCGCUAUGAUGGGCAUCGGAUAUGGACGUAUAACUGCCAUAUAGGUGGUUCGCGGAGCUCUGAACUUGAUGACUUUCCAGGAAUACUGACGAAUCAGCUACAGCGCAGGUAGAGAAGAUGAGUGAAGAGGAAGCCCAGUGUCCAGCCUGACUGUUAAACCAAGACCAACCACUAGAAGGAAUGUUAGCCAUGCUGAAGUCAGCGACUCAUACCUCUCACCACAUACAGUACUGUUUACUGUCUACAAUCGUUACAGCUGGAAUUAAGAAUUUAAUAAGAAAACCUUUUUCCCUCAGCUUCUUUUUCUUUUUUACAUUUGAAAUACCAGCUGCUCUUUACAUGGAAUGAACAUUUAAUGAUGAAUCAAUAGAAAAUCUUUCAUUUACAUUAAGACUGUUAGAAAAUUCUUUCAGUUUCUAUAUUUCUGUUUUUAUGUUCUAUACCCCAUUUGAAAAUUUCUUUAUUUUAAGUUAUUAGAAGUAGAACGUUCUAGAUAUUCUUUUUGGUAACACUUUACUUCAGGGCAGUAUGCAUACGGCUAUGUGAUAAACUCUAACACAAACCUACGAAAACAUUUAUAAAGGCAUAUUCCAAAAGCGUCACAUCCAUCAACUUCUGUCAGGUAACAUUGAUUUUUUUCCUGGUGCUUUACACCACUCCAGCCGACAUGUGGCUUUGCACAUAGUGACCUAAGGCUUGUGUGCAGGUGCUCAGCAGUAUGGAACUCUGUAGUGAGUAAUGAAGUACAUUAAGGGUGAUUUUUACAUGCUUAAGCAAUUGGUAGCACCAAUUUGAAAGUUUGCCGCCUCGUGGCUGAGCAGUUGUUACUGUGGCAUGCUUCCAUUUCAUAAUAAUAUCACUUACAGUUGUCUGGGGCAGAUCUGGAAGGACAGGAAUUUCACAAACUGACUUGUGAUAGAACUAUAGUCCUAUGACCCAUGCUACUGCAGAGUCUGCAAGCCUGUAUGCUUGAUUUUAUACAGCUGUUAGUUUGGCUAAAACACCUGAACUAAAUGAUUAGGAGAGGUGUCCACAUACUGGCCAUAUAGUGUGUCAUCAGCAUAUGUGAUAUUUACACCUACUAAAAUAAAUGAUUAUGUAGGUCGUGUCACUUGUCAUGAAGGGCUUUUGUAGCCUUAUGAACACCUCGCUGCAAGUGUUAUCAUUUUUUCAAAGGUGCUAUGUGAAGAUUGUUUUGAAACACAAUCUUAUGACGGCGAUGAUACGUUACUUACAACCUACAUCAAGUUCUUCUGUCCCUUUAAAUUGGGGAAUGCGUACUGUAUGAAUAAGACUAUCACUUGAAAUGAUCCUUAAUAAUUUCUGUAUUUGGAUCAAUGAUACCAUACCAAUGACAAACCAUCAGCAGAUCAUACUGCAGUGCUCGCUUUACCAUAUCAGUUUUAUUUUCACAGCUUUGCAUUUCACAUCUGAUUAUAUUGUAUCAUAAACUGUGCAGUUUUUCAUUCUUUCAGCUUCUCUAGCUAAUUCAAACAUUCAUCCAGCAUGUCAGGUAACUUAUUCCUACCAGUCAGGGAUCUUAUGUAAAGUACGCUAAUUUUAUGCAAUGUGAAACUGUUAAAGAAAAAAAAAGUUGCCAUUUUUGAAGCUUUUGUUGAACUAUUGCUCUCCGUUUUAUGAGGGCACCUAAAACCAUUUGAAUUGUUAAUACAUAAAUGAUGUGUUUACUUUUUGAAUGGACAAUAAACAUUGUGCCUCAUUGUUUUCUACCAAUAAAAAAAGAUGUGUCUUUUCUUGGUUUAUCAAACCUUUUGCUUAAACAUUUUAAUCACUUUAGAGAACUAAUGUUUAACCA